AUGAGUGUCCCAGACUACAUGCAGUGUGCUGAGGACCAUCAGACGGUCUUGGUGGUGGUCCAACCGGUGGGCAUCGUCCCUGAGGACCAGUUCUUCAGGAUCUACAAACGCAUCGCCUCUGUAGCCCAGGUCAGCAUCCACUAUGUGUACUAGCUAUGAGUGCGUCCCAAAUGUCACCUUAUUGCAGGGCCACAAUGGUCAAAAGUAGUGCACUAAGAAGUCCUGCUUCUACAUGCUGCUUCUACAUCUGCAUGGCUUGCUGUUUGGGGUUUUAGGCUGGGUUUCUGUAUAAGCCCUUAGUGACAUCUGCUAAUGUAAAAAUGGCUUUAUAAAUACAUUUGAUUGAUUGAUAUAGGGAAUAGGGUGGCAUUUGGGACACAGCCUAGGCCUAUGUCUUAUUAUUUAUUGAAAUAUGUAAACCCGUGCAAAUAGUCCGGGUAGCCAUGUUUAGCUGUUCAGGAGUCUUAUGGCUUGGGGGUAGAAGCUGUUGAGAAGCAUUUUGGACCUAGACUUGGCGCUCCGGUACCGCUUGCCAUGCGGUAGCAGAGAGGACAGUCUAUGACUAGGGUGGCUUGAGUCUUUGACCAUUUUUAGGGCCUUCCUCUGACACCGCCUGGUAUAGAGGUCCUGUAUGGCAGGAAGCUUGGCCCCAGUGAUGUACUGGGCCGUACGCACUACCCUCUGUAGCGCCUUGUGGUCGGAGGCCGAGCAGUUGCCAUACCAGGCGGUGAUGCAACCAGUCAGGAUGCUCUCAAUGGUCCACCUUGUAGUUAUAUGUUUUUUUAAUGUACUUUUUUUUUACCAUUGGAUGCUGAUUGUUAAGUUAUCCCUAUUUUGUUUUGUCUUUUUAUGAUAUUGGGAAAAAAGGUGUCCAUCCGGGACUCCCAGCGGAACCUCUAUAUCCGUUACCGCCACCACUACCUCCCAGAGAACAACGAGUGGGGAGACUUCCAGACACACCGCAAGGUUUGUUGCUUUGUGGCUUUUAUCUUUCCUAUUUGUUACCUUUCGUAAUGUGUAUUUGGGUUUCAUCAAUGCACUUAGUUUUUUGUUAUGUGUCCUGUACAGCAGCCUUUUGCAAACCUCUCCUUGGGCCCGCAGCAGUUCCAUGUAUUUGAAGUAUUCCAGAGUUAGCAUACCUGAUUCAACUUGUCAACUAAUCAUCAAGCCCUUGACUACUUGAAUUAGGUGUGCUAGUUUAGGGCUACAACAAAACUGUAAAAUGUCUGGGAGUCCCCGAGGAGAGGUUGGAGAAGCACUGCAGUACAGUAUGUGGGUCUUUUUGUCCUGGGCAUGACAUUUCUCCUCAGGAAUAUUAGUAUUAUCUGUCUAUCUAUCUCCAUCUAUCUAGGUGGUGGGCCUCAUAUCUGUGACGACCUGUCGUUCGGCGAAAGAAUGGCCCCAAACGUCGGACCGUUUCUACAGCCAGAAGGAGGUCUUCGGAGCCACGCUGUACGACUCACGGCUCCUGGUGUUUGGGCUACAGGGGGAGAUAGCAGAGCAGCAGAGGACGGAUGUGGCGUUCUAUUCUAGCUAUGAUGACUGUCCCGAUGUGGAGAAAAGGGUGGAGGACUUUGUGGAGUCCAUCUUCAUCGUGCUGGAGUCCAAGAGGCUGGAUAGAGCCACGGACAAGUCUGGGGAUAAGAUACCACUGCUCUGUGUUCCCUUUGAGAAGAAAGACUUUGUGGGGCUGGACACUGAUAGCAGGUGAGUUGUCUUUUCUUCUGCACUCUAUUUGGCUUUUAUAGGUCUGGGAUCAUCCACGUGUUUUGCUGCUUAUAUUGUUUUUCAGCUGGUCAAUGAAUUUGGAAUUAACAAAGUUGGUUAAUAAACACUUUCUAUGAGCCUGUACUGUAACUGCUGAAUUUACAAAUAGUCUAUUAGUUUUACAAUUGAUAAAAUGCCUCAAUUUGUCAAGUGAAGCCUAACGGUUGUUAGAUGGUUUUUACUUGGCUGUUUCAUGGUUGUUACAAAAUGAUGGAAAAAGUCUGACCUCAGUGUUUCUCUGUGAUGUCCAUUGUCAAGAUAGCCUUCUCAUUACAUUAGUGUUGCUAAGGACUACAGUCAACCUUGUGUGUUUAUUUCCUCAUUUAAAAAUCUGUUUUUAUUUUUGCUUCUUUACUUUAUCUUGGUUACUUUAUUUGUUUUUCUCAUGUUUUUUCUUGCAUACUGUCCUGUGAGUUUAUUGUUGGGUGUGAAAAGGUGAGAUGCUGUUGGACACAUCGCUUUAGUUAAGCCCAUCCCAGUUCCAUCAGCUUAAGCCCACCCCUAAACGAGACACUCCGCCCUUGCCCCGUCCCCUACCCCAGUGCUCUUGUGCAUGGGUUCAAAGCUUAGAUCCAAACUCAUCACUCCUCUCAACUUUGUAUGAAAUAUAAUCAUAACAACAAGAGUUUUGAAGGAGCUGAUAGUAUGGACAUGCAGAAUACAUGACACUAUCAGUGACUGAGGCUUGUGAAGGUUGGUUCACUUAAACAGUGAGGCUAUCCUAUCUAUUCUAUGAUGUGCUUGUAAAGGUUUGUCCAGGCUUUCAGGAACUUGAUGAUUGGGAGGUUGUGUCACCUGACCCGAGCUUGACUGAGUGAAUAAGGUCUAUACUCCAAUUCUUCUGAAGCAUCACACAUUCUAUAACAUGGCUCUCAUAUCUUCUGCUAUAUUCUGCUGCUACUACACUUUAACAUGGAUCUUAUAUAUUCUACUAUAUUCUGCUGCUACUACACUUCAACAUGGAUCUUAUAUCUUCUACUAUAUUCUGCUGCUACUACACUUUAACAUGGAUCUCAUAUGUUCUACUAUAUUCUGCUGCUACUACACUUCAACAUGGAUCUCAUAUCUUCUACUAUAUUCUGCUGCUACUACACUUUAACAUGGAUCUCAUAUAUUCUACUAUAUUCUGCUGCUACUACACUUCAACAUGGAUCUCAUAUCUUCUACUAUAUUCUGCUGCUACUACACUUCAACAUGGAUCUUAUAUCUUCUACUAUUUUCUGCUGCUACUACACUUCAACAUGGAUCUCAUAUGUUCUACUAUAUUCUGCUGCUACUACACUUUAACAUGGAUCUUAUAUAUUCUACUAUAUUCUGCUGCUACUACACUUUAACAUGGAUCUCAUAUGUUCUACAAUAUUCUGAUGCUACUACACUUCAACAUGUAUCUCAUAUGUUCUACUAUAUUCUGCUGCUACUACACUUUAACAUGAAUCUUGUAUAUCCGUGAUUCAUGGAGGGAUGCAUCAACUUCAGCUAGGCUUAUUAUUGCACCUAUUUAUGAAAGCAUGACUUUGAAUAUGGUAUCCAUGUCCUUCUAAGCAGACCAUACACAAUGUAUUGCUCAUCAUUUUAUUUCACAAACUAGGCUAACAAAUGGUAACAUAGGCCUAGUUUUUUUCAUCUUAAAAGUUUAGGCCCAAGUCAUUAUUUUGAAUCUGAACAAUAUGAGCAAAUAUACUAUGAAUUCACUAAUAGCAUGGAAAUCAACCCCAUUUAGCCCCAUUGAAACAUCAUAUUGCUCUCUAGGUAACACAGUACUAGGUGGGUUUGACCCUUGACCUUCCCAGUGUCUCAGGCUCCAGUAAAGAGUUAGACAGACAGAGGCCUUGCACACGUCUUGAACUGGCCCCCUUUUCUUUUGUUAGAAUUACAAACUGUGAUGUUGUCCUCCUCCUCUUCAACCCUUGUGUGUUUAAUGUGCUAGACUCCAGGAUCAGGGUUGUUCUGAUUAUUUAUCUCUAUUGGGUUCGCACCUCCCCAACCCCUGUCUCCCUUGCUUGUGCUGUCCCACCCCACACACACCCCUUGUAAAUGAUAAGAUUCAUUCAGAAGUGAGUCUCCUCUGCUAGCACCCAAUGGGACCUGGGUAAGAAAAUACAUUAUGCUAAAAGAAGGACUUUUAUUUUGUAAACCAUAUGAAUGAGAGAGAGAGAGAGAGAGAGACAACGAAAGAGGGUUUUUGUAAAAAUGAUGUAAGAAGUAAACCCUACUUGGAUACUUGUUUGCUGUAACGUGGACAAAGUUGUAUUGUAAAUGGAUAUCUCUACGACAUCUGACUGACACAUUUUGACGUUUCUUUCCCUCCUCCUCCUCUAGGCACUAUAAGAAGCGUUGCCAGGGCCGUAUGAGGAAGCACGUUGGGGACCUGUGUUUGCAGGCAGGCAUGUUGCAGGAUGCCCUGGUUCACUAUCACAUGGCUGUGGAGCUGCUCCGCUCCGUCAAUGACUUCCUGUGGCUGGGGGGUAAGACUGGGGAUGAAGACAUGGCUCCUCCUCUUCCUGCUCUACUCUCAAAUCCAAUAAAGCAGGGGUGGAUACCCUGCAGGUUUUUGCUCCGACCCUACUAAAUUAUAACACACCUGAUUCUACUAAUCAGCUGCUCACCACGACCUUGAAGGCGAUGAGGAUCUGAAUCAGGUGUGCUACAACAGGGUAGUAGCAAAAUCCUGCCAAGCCCAAUAGCUCUCCAGGAGGAUGGUUCACCACCCUUGCCAUACAUACAGAAUGCCCUUUAGUCAAAACUUGUAAUGGGGGGUAUUCUGUUUCAUUGACACAUCUCCCUUGUGUCUUGGUUCUCCAGCUGCGUUAGAGGGCCUGUGUUCAGCCUCUGUUAUCUUCCACUACCCUGGAGGAACAGCAGGGAAGGCUGCUGGACGCAAACCCAGCCUGGCACAGGGCCAGGCCCAGGCAGCCGACGCAGGGAAGAGACACCGGCCAGGUAAGCAGCACUCCUCUCUCUCACUCGCUCGCUCUGUGUGUGAGGUUGGGGGUGGUCUUCUCUGUGGGGAUAUUUGUGAUGGGGCUGAGGUAUUUAAGCAGUGAAAGGGUCAAAUGUGUUUUGUUUAACUUUUGUUUUGGCCAAGCCAAGUUGGCCAUAUGGCUAACAAGGAGGAACCGGGUCAGGGGGAGGACAGACUUGGUGUUAUUAUUGAAAGUGAUGGUCUCUGCACACCUUAGGGUUGAAUUUGAUCAAAUUAACUGUGUGGAGAUGUUUCAGGAGGUAUGGGGGCUUUCUGUACAUCUGGAGAGGAGGGGUUGGAGGUACGGUUGUAAUGUGGUGCUGGAGGGUGGAUUGUAUUGUACUGCGUUGUUGUGUAAUGUGAUUGUGUGGAGGUUGUGGUGGCACGCAAUGCGUUUUUAUGGGGAGGGGGAUGUUUGCAGUGUUUUUAGUGUAAUGAGGAUAUCUCAUUAAAGACAACUUGUGUGGUGGGACAGUGGUAUAUGUCUGUGUUCUGUUUCCUGGACAACAUUACCUGAGAAAUCCGGUGGCCCCCACAACCUAACCCAUUUGUUUCAGUAUUUACAGUAUUUAAUAUAAUAUUUCCAUUCACCCAUAUCUUUACUUAAUAUUAUUAACAAGUCAAUUACUUUAACCCCUAAAUAACCACACAUAUUUUGCUUUAGUUUAUUACUGAAGUAAUUAGCAAUAGCAUACUAUAGCGCGGGGACCGAUGGGAAAGUCCCAAGGAACCAUCUGAAAAGUGGCUUGUUUGGGGACUAACAUUGCUUUCAGUAACUAACUGCACCGUGUGAACCUGCAUUCUCUCUCUGUGUGUCUGUGUCUCUGUCUGUUACUGUAGGGGCACAGGAGGUACUCAUAGACCCAGGUAUGGUAUGACACUAACCGGCCGAUGCCGCGUAGUUCUACUCGUAGUUAGACAUCUCCCCUGCCUGUGUUUGCCUGCUGUGGCUCUUUUCCCUAUUAGUUGUAUUUGGUUUCAACAACCUCCUGACUUGGUCCCAGAUCUGUUAGUGCUGUCUUACCAACUAAGGCCAGACAACACAAACAGAUCUGGGACCAGGCUAUCAACCCAUUGCGCUACAUCUGAUUCCAACGUUUGAUUGUUUCCACCACUGGUAAAUCAAAACUGAUGUUUUUUUCCCACCUCUUAAGGCAGGUAUUGUAUUCCUGUUAUUCUUGUCAGUGUUAGGUGUUGUUGGGUGUUCGUACUUGAUUACACCAUUGACCUCUUCUUCUAGUCAAUGAAUAGUAACCAUUUUAAAUAAUGAUCAAGGACAUUAUAUCCAACACUAUAAACAAGAAGAACCACAUAACAUCUGAUUAGAUUAAAAAGUAAUUCAGACAUGCACCAGAAGGUGGCAAUGUUGCUAUUGAAAUCACAGCACUGCUGAUUGAGGCAUCCAAGCUAUUUGUCUGCUCUUCCUGUAGCCUCAAGUUACAAUGUAGAACUGUUCAGUGUGAGGCAUUUUGUCCAAUCUAUCAGUAGAAUAUGCUGCAGAAAUUAAGCUCUUAUAUGUUACCUUUCUAGGAACUGGGUUUGGUUUGACUAAACCAUUCAACCCAAGGGGUCUGUGUAAAGUGUGUAGUUCUGGGUCUAGAUGUAACAUGUUGCACAUUUUUCUAACACUUAAAAACAUGUUUUUUAUAGUCAUAUAUGCCAUUUAGCAGAUAAUUUUAUCCAAAACGACUUACAAUUGUGUGUGCAUACAUUUGUUACGUAUGGGUGGUCCUGUGAAUUGAACCCACUAUCCUGGCACUAUAAGUGCCAAGCCUUACCAACUGAGCUACAGAGGACCAAUUAGCAAUGCUAUUAUCCAAAGCAACUUACAGUACAGUGAGUGCAUACAUUUCUAGUAUGUGUGUGAUCCCAGAGUAGUCUUAUGAUUCACAUGUAAUGCUGUGUCAUAGUGACAUCGUCGCGACGCUGUUGCUAUGGACCCAGCUAGCGCCGUUUCUAGGUAAUGUUCUCUCAAUACUAAAUUUGCAUUCAAAUCACAUAGGUAGACGAGAGCUACUCCUCGCACAUAAUCGUUUUAGAACCAUUUCAAUUGAAACGCUCCAAACUACUGAGCACAUGAUGAAAUCAGCCUCAGCGUCAUUUUGAUCACAUAACAGUGCACAGUGACCCUCGAAGGCCUUGUAUUUAUAGAUAGAUUGUUGUGUACAAGUGUUUUGUAUUUCCAUAUAAAAGUGAAUGCCGUGCAUGGCAAUCAUUGAGCGUUGUCUUGAUGUCUUGGUGUUUGAAACGCCUGUCGACACUGCAUUAAAUGUGUAUGCUCAGGUAAGCUGUACACAGUUUGUGAGUAUGUCAUUGUUGAUUGUUGUGACUUUGGCCAUAUGCAUGAAUGUGAAGAACCAAGUGGUAGAUGGGUCUGAUAACAUUGACAAUCACCCCCCCCCCCCCCCAGGUGCCCUCACAGCCAAUGGGAUCAGUGCGGACACCAGCAGUGAGAUUGGUCGAGCCAAGAACUGCCUGAGCCCUGAAGACAUCAUAGAGAAAUACAAGGAGGCCAUUUCCUACUAUGGCAAGGUAUUGGAAAAGACAACAAAUAGAUUCCCCCACACACACUAUUGAAUGCUCCUAUCUACUUUCUUCCAUCUCCUGCUAUGGUCACUUUGGACACACCUACUCAUUCCAGGGUUUUUCUUUAUUUUUUAAAACUAUUUUCUACAUUAUAGAAUAAUGGUGAAGACAUCAAAACUAUGAAAUAACACAUAUGGAAUCAUGUAGUAACCAAUAAAGUGUUAAACAUAUCAAACUAUAUUUAUAUUUCAGUUUCUUCAAAUAGCCACCCUUUGCCUUGAUGACAGCUUUGCACACUCUUGGCAUUCUCUCAACCAGCUUCACCUGGAAUUAAUGUUUUUCCAACAGUCUUGAAGGAGUUCCAACAUAUGCUGAUCACUUGUUGGCUGCUUUUCCUUCACUCUUCACUCUGUGGUCCGACUCAUCCCAAACCAUCUCAAUUUGGUUGAGGUUGGGGGAUUGUGGAGGCCAGGUCAUCUGAUGCAGCACUCCAUCACUCUCCUUCUUGGUUAAAUAGCCCUUACACAGCCUGGAGGUAUGUUGGGUCAUUAUCCUGUUGAAAAACAAAUGAUAGUCCCACUAAGCCCAACCAGAUGGGAUGGAGUAUCGCUGCAGAAUGCUGUGGUAGCCAUGCUGGUUAAGUGUGCCUUGAAUUAGAAAUAAAUCACAGACAGUGUCACCAGCAAAGCACCCCCACACCAUAACACAUUGAUGGUUUUUGCGAGUGCACUUGAAGAAACUUUCAAAGUUCUUAAAAUAUUUGUUUCUCUUUGCUUAUUUGAGCUGUUAUUGCCAUAAUAUGUACUUGGUAUUUUACCAAAUAGGGCUAUCGUCUGUAUACCUACCUUGUCACAGCACAACUGAUUGGCUCAAACGCAUUAAGAAGGAAAGAAAUUCCAGAAAUUAACUUUUAAGAAGGCACACCUGUUAAUUGAAAUGUAUUCCAGGUGACUACCUCAUGAAGCUGGUUGAGAGCAUGCCAAGAGUGUGCAAAGCUGUCAUCAAGGCAAAGGGUUGCUAUUUGAAGAAUCUCAAAUAUAAAAUAUUGAUUUUUUUUAAACACUUUUUUGGUUAUUACAUGAUUCCAUAUGUGUUAUUUCAUAGUUUUGAUGUCUUCACUAUUAUUCUACAAUGUAGAAAAUAGUUAAAAUGAGUAGGUGUGUCCACUCUUUUGACUGGUACCGUACAUCUAGCUAUUUUUCAGGUGCAGGGUACAAAAAGUAUACAUCAUAUAAAGGAAACAGAUACCCACACACUGUUGAAUGCUCCUACAUAACUUAAUUACAUGCAACAUUUCAACAAGAAGGUUCAGUUUUUGUGCUUUGCAGACCAAUGCUGUUUGCAGACAGUAUUCCAUUAUCCAGUUUGCAGUUCUCAACAUCUCCACCAGGGGACAGUAGCUCACUAGGUAUCAGUGAUGGUUGAGCGUCUGAUGCAGCAUAGAGAGAGGCUGUGUGCACACUGUAAAAAAAAACUACAACAUGCUGACUGCAGGAGAAAACGUCUGAGUGCACUCAGAGGGUCAACAGUGGAAAGCUUAGCUAGCAUGACGUCACUGUCUGUUACUAUUAGCCAAAUGGAAGUGUGUGGCCAUCUCUAAUGCCCUAUAACCCCAACAGUUAAAACAAAAAAGACUAGUUGCAUUGUUAAUCUGUUGAUAACUAUAACUAUACUUACUGUUAUAACACAGGUGUGCGUUAACAAAAACGAACAAACAAACCGAAAGCGUCGGGGUAAAAACACAGAUGCAUAGCAGUGCUAACUGUGCCACUAGAGAUCCUGGUUCGAAUCCAGGCUCUGUCGCAGCCGGCCGCGACCGGGAGACUCAUGGGCGGCGCUCAAUUGGCCCAGCGUCGUCCAGGGUAGGGGAGGGAAUGGCCGGCAGGGAUGUAGCUCAGUUGAUAGAGCAUGGCGUUUGCAACGCCAGGGUUGUGGGUUCGAUUCCCACAGGGGCCAGUAUAAAAAAAAUUAUAUAUGUAUUCACUAACUGUAAGUCGCUCUGGAUAAGAGCGUCUGCUAAAUGACUAAAAUGUAAAAUGUAAAUGUAUCCCAGUAGGCCUUCUGAAACUUUAUCACCACUAUUAUAAUUGGCUAUUUGCUCUGACCUCACUUGGCCCUUUUACCUGUAACUAGUUCACUCCAAAUUUAAUUACAUUAUAUCUCGACACGACGGGCCAUUCAGAUAUUAAUUGAAUUUUAAUAAGGAGACAGUGGGGAUGGGGUGGGUAGCUGAUUGUGUGAGAGAGAGAAGUGUAUGGAGUCUAAGCAGCACUACUGUACCUCGAGUCCAGUUUCUACUUCAAUAUAACUACUAGGUGGGAACCUGGAGCUCCCCUUGAAGAACCAUGUGGCACAAAGUAACAAUAAACGGCAGAGGUUCCGUAUCACCCCAUGGACUGUGAUCAGUAAUCUCACGCCUCUGAUAAAGAUGUCUGUAGCCGAGAGAGAAAGAGACAGAUGAUGCAAUACAUCUGUUCAGAUUAUUGGGUUGGGUGGGGUGGGAAAAGUCAGAGUAGCCCUCAUUGGUUAGUUAGGAUUUCCUUAUGCUGAGCAUGGGCUGUGUCUGUUCUCAUCACCAUCCUCUUUCUUUCUAUCUCUAUCUCACUCUCCCUGUCUCUCUCACUCCCCCUCUUCCUCUCCUUCCAUCCCUCUCCCAGUAUAAGAAUGCAGGAGUGAUAGAGCUGGAGGCGUGUGUGAAGGCAGUCAGGGUGCUAGCUGUUCAGAAGAGGGCCAUGGAGGCCUCAGAUUUCCUCCAGAAUGCUGUUUACAUCAACCUGGGACAGGUACGACCUCACCUGACAUGUAGAUGUACCUCCCUGUGGGGAACCAUCAUCCUGUUCUCGAACACAUUCUGUUAGUUAGGGACCAGAGUUUUACCUAGUCAAGUCCCAUGCUUACAUCUCAUAUUCAGGAAAAACCAGAGUUUUACCUAGAUCAAACAGUGAGGGAAAAAAGUAUUUGAUCCCCUGCUGAUUUUGUACCUUUGCCCACUGACAAAGAAAUGAUCAGUGUAUAAUUUUAAUGGUAGGUUUAUUUGAACAGUGAGAGACAGAAUAACCACAAAAAAAUUCAGAAAAACGCAUGUCAAAAAUGUUAUAAAUAGAUUAGCUUUUUAAUGAGGGAAAUAAGUAUUUGACCCCUCUCAAUCAGAAAGAUUUCUGGCUCCCAGGUGUCUUUUAUACAGGUAACGAGCUGAGAUUAGGAGCACACUCUUAAAGGGAGUGCUCAUAAUCUCAGUUUGUUACCUGUAUAAAAGACACCUGUCCACAGAAGCAAUCAAUCAAUCAGAUUCCAAACUCUCCACCAUGGCCAAGACCAAAGAGCUCUCCAAGGAUGUCAGGGACAAGAUUGUAGACCUACACAAGGCUGGAAUGGGCUACAAGACCAUCGCCAAGCAGCUUGGUGAGAAGGUGACAACAGUUGGUGCGACUAUUCGCAAAUGGAAGAAACACAAAAGACUGUCAAUCUCCCUCGGCCUGGGGCUCCAUGCAAGAUCUCACCUCGUGGAGUUGCAAUGGUCAUGAGAACGGUGAGGAAUCAGCCCAGAACUACACGGGAGGAUCUUGUCAAUGAUCUCAAGGCAGCUGGGACCAUAGUCACCAAGAAAACAAUUGGUAACACACUACGCCGUGAAGGACUGAAAUCCUGCAGCGCCCGCAAGGUCCCCCUGCUCAAGAAUGCACAUAUAUAGGCCCAUCUGAAGUUUGCCAAUGAACAUCUGAAUUAUUCAGAGGAGAACUGGGUGAAAGUGUUGUGGUCAGAUGAGACCAAAGUCGAGCUCUUUGGCAUCAACUCAACUCGCCGUGUUUGGAGGAGGAGGAAUGCUGCCUAUGACCCCAAGAACAUCAUCCCCACCGUCAAACGUGAAGGUGGAAACAUUAUGCUUUGGGGGUGUUUUUCUGCUAAGGGGACAGGACAACUUCACCGCAUCAAAGUGACGAUGGACAGAGCCAUGUACCGUCAACACAUUAAAGGUCCUGGAGUGGCCUAGCCAGUCUCCAGACCUUAAUCCCAUAGAAAAUCUGUGGAGGGAGCUAAAGGUUCGAGUUGCCAAACGUCAGCCUCGAAACCUUAAUGACUUGGAGAAGAUCUGCAAAGAGGAGUGGGACAAAAUCCCUCCUGAGAUGUGUGCAAACCUGGUGGCCAACUACAAGAAACGUCUGACCUCUGUGAUUGCCAACAAGGGUUUUGCCACCAAGUACUAAAUCAUGUUUUGCAGAGGGGUCAAAUACUUAUUUCCCUCAUUAAAAUGAAAAUCAAUUUAUAACAUUUUUGACAUGCGUUUUUCUGGAUUUUUUUGUUGUUAUUCUGUCUCUCAUUGUUCAAAUAAACCUACCAUUAAAAUUAUAGACUGAUCAUGUCUUUGUCAGUGGGCAAAUGUACAAAAUCAGCAGGGGAUCAAAUACUUUUUUCCCUCACUGUUGGUGUUCCUCUUGUCCAGGUGGGAAAGGGCAGUGUGGAGUGCAAUAGAGAUUGCAUCAUCUGUGGAUCUGUUGGGGCGGUAUGCAAAUUGGAGUGGGUCUAGGGUUUCUGGGAUAAUGCUGUUGAUGUGAGCCAUGACCAGCCUUUCAAAGCACUUCAUGGCUACAGACGUCAUUGCUACGGGUCGGUAGUCAUUUAGGCAGGUUAUCUUAGUGUCCUGCAUGGAGACUAUGGUGGUCUGCUUGAAACAUGUUGGUAUUACAGACUCAGUCAGGGACAUGUUGAAAAUGUCAGUGAAGACACUUGCCAGUUGGUCAGCACAUGCUCGGAGUACACGUCCUGGUAAUCCAUCUGGCCCUGCGGCCUUGUGAAUGUUGACCUGCUUAAAAGUCUUACUCACAUCGGCUACGGAGAGCGUGAUCACAAAGUCAUCUGGAACAGCUGGUGUUCUCAUGCAUGCUUCAGUUUUGCUUGCCUCGAAGCGAGUAUAGAAGUGGUUUAGCUCGUCUGGAAGUCUUGUGUCACUGGGCAGCUCGCGGCUGUGCUUCCCUUUGUAGUCUGUAAUAGUUUUCAAGCCCUGCCACAUUCGACGAGCAGCAGAGCCGGUGUAGUACGAUUCAAUCUUAGUCCUGUAUUGACUCUUUGUCUGUUUGAUGGUUCGUCAGAGGGCAUAGCGGGAUUUCUUAUAAGCGUCCGGGUUAGAGUCCCGCUCCUUGAAAGCGUCAGCUCUACCCUUUAGCUCAGUGUGGAUGUUGUCUGUAAUCCAUGGCUUCUGGUUGGGGUAUGUACGUACGGUCACUGUGGGGACGACAUCAUCGAUGCACUUAUUGAUGAAGCCAGUGACUGAUGUGGUGUACUCCUCAUGUUCCAGUCUGUACCAGAAAAACAGUCCUGUAGCUUAGCAUCUGCGUCAUCUGACCACUUUUUUAUUAACUGAGUCACUGGUGCUUCCUGUUUAAGUUUUUGCUUAUAAGCAGGAAUCAGGAGGAUAGAGUUAUGGUCAGAUUUGCCAAAUGGGACACCCAGGUGCCAUGGAGACUGUUAACACCCAGGUUCUGUACUCAGGCACCUGUCAUUGCUGCUUUCCUGUGUGAGGAUCACCAGAGGAUCUGCCUGCCAACACACAGGUCCCAUAACUUGACACACAGGAAAGCUCCUCUGACAGGUGCCUGACGCCAUCCUGCGAGGGACUGAAAGCCUGCUCUCUUCAGACAGUGUGUUCUGCUCUGUAGGCCUGUCUAUCUAGGAGGGAAAUCUCACUUGAGUCUUGGACGGUUCUGCCAGAGUGCUACCACCUCCUUGCCAUUGUGCAGUGACUGAUCAUUCUCAUAACCUUUCCACAGAUUUGUUUUAUAAAUCAAAUUGAACUUUUCCAGAGAUUCAUUUGGAAAUAAGUUGUAUAACUUUUUUGUGUUAUUGUCAAGAAUUUAUAAUUAUAAUAAUAAUAAUAUAUGCCAUUUAGCAGACAUUUCUGUUAGGGCCUCCGGAGUGGCGCAGUGGUCUAAGGCACUGCAUCGCAGUGCUAGAGGUGUCGCUACAGAUCUGGGUUCGGUCCCAGGCUGUAUCACAACCGGCCGUGAUCGGGAGUCCCAUAGGGAGAUGCACUAUUGGCACAGCGUCAUCCGGGUUAGGGGAGGGUUUGGUCGGGGGGGCUUUACUUGGCUCAUCGCGCUCUAGCUACUCCUUGUGGCGGGCCGGGCACCUGCAGGCUGACUUCGGUUGUCAGUUGAAUGGUGUUCCUCCGACACAUUGGUGCGGCUGGCUUCGGGGUUAAGCAGGCGGGUGUUAAGCGCGGUUUGCAUGCUAUGUCCAUAAUAAGUAUAUAGAUUAUAGGUUGAGAGCUUUUGUGAAAGAGCACAGUUAGAAAGAUAUGGUAUAUAGAAGCAAACCGGAUGGACAUCAUGAAAAUGAUCGGAGAGGUUGAGGUUAGAGGAAGUUCAGGAGUAAAAACAAACAAAAUAUAGUUAUUGUAAAAUUGACUGUGUCCAUAAAAUGUAUAUAGUAUGUACAGUGGGGAGAACAAGUAUUUGAUACACUGCCGAUUUUGCAGGUUUUCCUACUUACAAAGCAUGUAGAGGUCUGUAAUUUUGAUCAUAGGUACACUUCAACUGUGAGAGACGGAAUCUAAAACAAAAAUCCAUAAAAUCACAUUGUAUGAUUUUUAAGUAAUUAAUUUGCAUUUUAUUGCAUGACAUAAGUAUUUGAUCACCUACCAACCAGUAAGAAGUCCGGCUCUCACAGACCUGUUAGUUUUUCCUUAAGAAGCCCUCCUGUUCUCCACUCAUUACCUGUAUUAACUGCACCUGUUUGAACUCGUUACCUGUAUAAAAGACACCUGUCCACACACUCAAUCAAACAGACUUCAACCUCUCCACAAUGGCCAAGACCAGAGAGCUGUGUAAGGACAUCAGGGAUAAAAUUGUAGACCUGCACAAGGCUGGGAUGGGCUACAGGACAAUAGGCAAGCAGCUUGGUGAGAAGGCAACAACUGUUGGCGCAAUUAUUAGAAAAUGGAAGAAGUUCAAGAUGACGGUCAAUCAACCUCGGUCUGGGGCUCCAUGCAAGAUCUCACCUCGUGGGGCAUCAAUGAUCAUGAGGAAGGUGAGGGAUCAGCCCAGAACUACACGGCAGGAACUGGUCAAUGACCUGAAGAGAGAUGGGACCACAGUCUCAAAGAAAACCAUUAGUAACACACUACGCCGUCAUGGAUUAAAAUCCUGCAGCGCACGCAAGGUCCCCCUGCUCAAGCCAGCGCAUGUCCAGGCCCGUCUGAAGUUUGCCAAUGACCAUCUGGAUGAUCCAGAGGAGGAAUGGGAGAAGGUCAUGUGGUCUGAUGAGACAAAAAUAGAGCUUUUUGGUCUAAACUCCACUCGCCGUGUUUGGAGGAAGAAGAAGGAUGAGUACAACCCCAAGAACACCAUCCCAACCGUGAAGCAUGGAGGUGGAAACAUCAUUCUUUGGGGAUGCUUUUCUGCAAAGGGGACAGGAUGACUGCUCCAUAUUGAGGGGAGGAUGGAUGGGGCCAUGUAUUGUGAGAUCUUGGCCAACAACCUCCUUCCCUUAGUAAGAGCAUUGAAGAUGGGUCGUGGCUGGGUCUUCCAGCAUGACAACGACCCGAAACACACAGCCAGGGCAACCUAAGGAGUGGCUCCGUAAGAAGCAUCUCAAGGUCCUGGAGUGGCCUAGCCAGUCUCCAGACCUGAACCCAAUAGAAAAUCUUUGGAGGGAGCUGAAAGUCCGUAUUGCCCAGCGACAGCCCCGAAACCUGAAGGAUCUGGAGAAGGUCUGUAUGGAGGAGUGGGACAAAAUCCCUGCUGCAGUGUGUGCAAACCUGGUCAAGACCUACAGAAAACGUAUGAUCUCUGUAAUUGCAAACACAGAUUUCUGUACCAAAUAUUAAGUUCUGCUUUUCUGAUGUAUCAAAUACUUAUGUCAUGCAAUAAAAUGCAUAUUAUUUACUUAAAAAUCAUACAAUGUGAUUUUAUGGAUUUUUGUUUUAGAUUCCGUCUCUCACAGUUGAAGUGUACCUAUGAUCAAAAUUACAGACCUCUACAUGCUUUGUAAGUAGGAAAACCUGCAAAAUCGGCAGUGUAUCAAAUACUUGUUCUCCCCACUGUAUAAGCUGGAAGUAGAGGCCUAAGCGUUGUUGUUCACUUUUGCGAGAAAAAAAAACUACAUAUGGGGGAUUGGAAGUGAUGCAGACAAUUACAUUGAUGGAAGUUAAUAUCUAUCUGCAAUAUUAAAGUUGAUCAACCACCACCAAAAUUGUAAAAAAAAAAAACUGUUUAGCGGGUCAUGUUUCGGAGGACAAAUGACUCGACCUUCGCCUCCCGAGCCCAUUGGGGAGUUGCAGUGAUGAGACAAGAUCGAAAAGGGGGUAAAAAAAGUAUUCUUAAUGGCAUAUAUUAUUAUUAUAAAUCCUUGAGAGUAACAGAAGUUAUACAGCUUAUUUCCAAAUGAAUCUCUGGAAAAGUUCAAUUUGAUUUAUAAAACAAAUCUGGGACAACCUGUACGUAAAAUGCAUGCACGCAUGACUGUAAGUCUGACAUUUUAGGUACGGGUGGUCUCCAUGUGUAUGGUUAAAAUUGUUUUUCAAUGAUCUAAUAAAAUCAAUCAAUCAACCAAUGAUCUCUCCUCCCCUCUGUUUUCUCAGCUGUCUGAGGAAGAGAAGAUCCAGCGCUACAGCAUCCUCUCUGAGCUCUAUGACCUGAUUGGUUUCCACCGUAAGUCAGCCUUCUUCAAGCGGGUAGCAGCCAUGCAGUGUGUGGCCCCCACCAUCCCAGAGCCUGGCUGGAGGGCCUGCUACAAGCUGCUGCUGGAGACCCUGCCUGGAUACAGCCUCUCCCUCGACCCCAAAGACUUCAGCAAA